GCGUCGGAUUUCUAAGUCCUUUCGACUUCGUCUGCUCUUACCACUCUACUUCCAUCUUCCUAUCCUGCCUCGUGAAUAAGUCACUCGAUACCCCUCAUCACUGUAACUCCAUACUGCGCAUGCAUACGCAAAAUACUAUCACGGGCGCUGGCAUUGUUUGAUGGGUGGUCCGACAAGUAAUGUCGAGGAUAUCAAGUCAAGACUUCUGUCUCUUCGCGACAACCCUGCAAAUACACAAUCUGCCUCAGAUGAGGUCUUGGGCCUUCUCUAUAACUUCCUUCUGACAGAUAACACGCCAGAAGACCGUCCUUUCCACUGGUUCUGUCACAAAGCGGAUGAACUUGUAGUCGAGACUGCAACCUUUCUAAUUCGCCUUCACGCAUACAAUAGUCCUCGAGUGGACGCUUGGAGGGAACAGCUUCGUCGCUGUCUUUUUGGAUGUCAUGCAUGCAUUCAGAAGUUUCAGGAGAUCAAGACAACCUCUCGGCAUACAUAUUUUGGUGCAUUCGCGGACGAUGUUUUGACCAACUUCUAUCAAAGUCUCUCGGUAUGGGAGCUCAAUUCAGUUUUGGACGGCCUAGCCGAAGCCAACUUUCGACCUGGCACGCCAGUACAGGAAGAUCGUACACUUUCUUCUGCACCUUCUGCACUUGUCUACCAUAUUUGUGCCAGUCUUUUCGUCCUGCGUGAUCCAAGGAUAAUGGAAAUUCUAGAGUCGUACCCACCUCCAAAGCCAUAUUCGGAUUGGCCUAGUGAUAACCCUGCCCCCGGACUUUUCCUUCUGAUGAUGGCUAGAAAGUCCAAACUCAUACAAUGGGCAACGGAACAGGUCCAAGCAUGCAAGACAACUCCAAUACAUUCGGACCAUUUCUUGCCAAUGCACGCCGAAGCGCUUGAAGAAGUCUCCGCAAUUGUGGCUACUGCGCCACCCUCCAACGAAUCCAAGGCGACGCGACUUACUUCAAUACCUGUCACGGACGAUGCAUCCAUCCUAUGGUCGUCUUAUUCUACGGUCCUUCGAUUUGUACCCUAUGAGUGGCUUCAAUCUAGCGCUAUACUCAAGAUGGAUGUGCGCAAAGUCGUCAUCGGGCAUUUGUCCGAUAUUGGCACUCAUUUUAUUCACGUUUUGAAGAGCUUUGCGCUUCUACUCACUAGAAUUGGACCAGCAUUGUUGGAGGACGAGGAUUCGGGGUUUCCUGUCGUUAUCUUCGAUACCGUCAAGGACAAUCCUAGGUUUGAAGACUUAAUCGCUGGCCAGAGUGAUUCGUGGUGCCUGGAAUGGAUACAGCCGUUUGUCAAAGCUGCUGGCGAACUUCCCGCAUUUACCGACGUCUUUCCGAUAGUAAUACAAUGUCUCUGUGAACAGCUACAGCACGAGAGGUUCAAAGACGUUCGGCCUCGUGCCAUAGAUGUCGCAUGCAAGACAUUGCAUGCCGUUCUAUUUGACCCAGAUGUGAAAGGUAAACCAAGCUGCCCUGAGACGAACGCUGCCUGUGCUUGCCUUGACAUCCACGCGAACAUGUUGGUGACGGUGGGAUUCAGCAACUCGAAGCUUUAUUCUGGCGACGCGUGGAAGGGAGCGAGAGCUGGAGUGAGGCGGUUGGUCAGGCUGGCACUUACGAAGGAUACAAAGGAUCUAGCCAUCGCAAUCAAUACCCUUGCUCGUCCACCGAAAGACUCUCCUCCUCCCGACCCACUCACUAUUAGAGAGCGUAUUUGGACCCAGCUGUACAAAACCAUCGAUCCGAGCGACGUCGAAGGGAUCUCUAUCCUGCUUUCCAUCUUAUCGCGACUCAGCCAUACGGACAUGCAAAAUAGUGUCGCAUACAGCGAUAGUUUGAAGCAGUUCUCGAACCUAGAUUCUGCCAGAAAAGUCCUGGAGCAAGUCAACUUUGCUAUUACUAUAUUCCGCUCUGGCUUCUCGGAUGCUGCUUCCAGGUUCCAACUGAAUGACAUGGGCACUAUGCUUCAGUUAUUCGGGACAAAAGACGUGGUACAGCACCUCACGAUGCUCAUGUUCUCGCCAAUGGAAGAUCUACGUGAACCGGCUCAGAAUAUCGUUGGUAUCACAUUGGAUGUCGAUUCACGGCAAGACUGCUUCCGUGAGCUGCUACAGUCACAUCCAUGUCCGACGAUGGCAGGCAUCCUCCAAUUCCUGAAGAUAUUUUCCGAGUAUGCGAAGAUUGUCCCGGAGGCAUGCAGCGUUUCGAAAUCGCUCGCAUUAUGCCUCACCGACAUAAUUGAUGUUAUGUGUUCGAAGGACGACGGCCUACUUCUGCAGGAAAACUUCCUCAAGUCUCUCGAGAUUGACACCAAUUCAAACUCGCUUCUCACUUGGUGGAAUUACAUGACCAAAGCUCUGACCGUCAUCUUCUCCAGAACUCCAAGAUGGGCUGCAUAUUUCAAUAACGCAGAGAUGGUCUUGUGGAUGCGCGAUGCCCUCAUAUUCGGGAGAGACAUGUUGGCACAGCGAAAAGUCAUUGAAAUGGCAGCAUCUGGCUACAAUCCUUCGGAGGCGUCUUCCAAGGGAAAGAAGUCUAUGCGCAUAAGAGAGCGGAUGGUGGAGGACCUGCAGCCUGUACUGCUGGAACUGACUCGUUGGCUUCGUCUUACAGACGAGGAGCUUUUGCAUCAAUCUUUUGCCCUAUUGGAUACCCUGUUGUCGUGUUUCUUAGAGACAGCGACCAUCAAACCCUCCGAUGUUUCCUUUCAGAAGCUGCGAAAGUUCGUCGCCGACGCACAAGGCAGUGGCCCUGGUAGACGAGGAACCUUGUUGGAUGCAAAUCGAGCAAAGAACCUACACGAGAAGCUUUUACAAUUUGAGGAAGAUGACGAGGUGCAGAUCAUCGAGCACAAGCUUGCACCGAAGAGUGAACUAGCCAAGCAUCCAAGUCAUGCGAAGACCCUAAGACCGGAAAGAGCAGGCCCUUCACGCCUCGUCACUACCCUUGACACACGUCCUUCGACACAGAAAGCGGACAUUAUCCCGUCCACGAAAACGCAAACUUCACAAGCGGCUAGGCCCACGAAGUCUGACUUCUUCAGUACUGAAGACCAAAGAAAGCUGGAUGCCGCAUCUCACACGAUUCCUAAAUUCACGAGCUCCAUCAAACCGUCCGCUGUGUUGUCAGGUCGCCUUCUGAGCAGUAAACUCAGUGGACCGACCAAAGAACGCAGGGAUAGCGGCACGUCUUCCGCGGCGUGGACCACGUCACCUAGCGGUUCGGAGUCAGAUGAUGAAGAAAACACUCUUGAAUCACUUGCCAGGAUGCAACGUACACCGAAGGUGAAACGUCAGGCGGAACGGCGGGGAAUAAAAGUGAUGGAUUUCCCAACCAACGCACGUAAUUCCACAAUGGAUCGUUUGAAUCAGCGUAGACAGGACGAUCCCCGUCGUGCAGCUAAACGCCUCAAGCCUGAUAUAUCAUAUCUGCAUCGUGCAGUCCUUUCACGGGAUUAUGAGCAUGCGGGACCUGAACCUCCGGGGGAAAAACUUUCCCUGCUUCGCGUUCCUGACAGGUUCUCUGACCCUGGCCAUUAUCGGAAUAUAUUCGAACCGCUUCUGUUCGUGGAAUGCUGGUCUCAGAUCCAACAGAGCAAGGAAAUGAAUCAGGACACUUUCGAAUGCCGCGUAUCUGGUAGACAGUAUACGGAUGAGUGGAUGGAUUUGGAAUUGUCACUAGAGGAAGGUGUGAGGAAAGACUGGCAGCUUACAGACACGGACGUUGUCCUUCUAAAACAUCCGGAGCACAAGAGAGGUUUCCUUGCAAAGACACAGCAUGUCAAAUCGCAACCAAACCAAGCUCUGCAGGUUACUGUACGGAUGAUACCAAAUGGGCCCGGGCCGCAAGUUAACUCAAGAUGGACAGUCAGCAAGGUCUUUAGUCUCACUACUGUCUUGCGAGAGUAUGCCGCUCUUAUGGCACUGCCCUAUUAUGAUCUCUGUGAGGCCAUCUUGCGACCGAACUUGACCAGGCAGACAGCAAGCGAUCAAACAGAGAUUCAGCAGACCAUGGCCUCGUACAAUCUGAAUGAACCUCAAGCGAAAGCGAUUCUUGCCGCUAUGAAGACUAUCGGAUUUUCUCUGAUUCAAGGGCCUCCGGGGACGGGUAAAACAUCAACUAUAUGUGGAUUAGUGCACAUGUUCCUUUCGCGCCGCCCGAAGCCAGCUACUGCCGUCCACGUUGGCCGUAGUGCAGGCCCAGCAGAAAAGGAGGCACCCAAGAAGAUUCUCCUUUGCGCUCCGAGUAAUGCCGCCAUUGAUGAGAUAACAUACCGACUAACGCAGGGUAUCUCGGGCGCAGGCCGCAAAUCUACGGUGCCGAAGGUUGUACGAGUCGGCGCGCCGCAGUCGAUGAACGUCAGUGUGCAAGAUGUAGCCCUGGACACAUUGGUUAAAGCGAAACUUGAGGCAAACCCCGAAGCGAAGAAGCAAUCUUCCUCUGCGAAUAACGAAAUGAACCUGCUGCGUGCAGAACUCGGUUCUAUCAAGGAUCGCAGAGAAUCUAUCUUCACGGAAAUCAAGAACACUCAUGACAACAUCACCAGAUCCUCCAAUCUAAAGGCGGAACUCAGUAGUAUCAACCAACGACGAGCAGCAUUGACUCACAAACUGGACAAGCUCAGAGAUCAAGAGAAAUCGAAUAAUCGCUCGCUGGAUGCGAUAGGUCGCAAGUACCGAGCUGAGGUACUACGAGAAUCCGAUGUGAUAUGUACCACUCUUUCCGGAGCGGGCCAUGAGCUUCUGGAACCGUAUGAGUUCGAAAUGGUUGUCAUAGACGAAGCUGCACAAGCUAUCGAGCUGAGUUCUCUGAUACCAAUGAAGUAUAGCUGCAUUCGCUGCGUUAUGGUGGGAGAUCCACAGCAGCUGCCCCCGACAGUGAUAUCUCAAGAGGCCAGCAAAUUCGCAUACAACCAGUCAUUGUUUGUACGCCUCCAGAAGCAGCGUCCGGAUGUUGUCCAUCUCCUCAGUAUUCAGUAUCGAAUGCACCCUGAAAUCAGUCGACUUCCCAGCCGUCUCUUCUAUGAUGGGCGACUGAUUGACGGCCCAGAUAUGGCAACGAAGACCCGCAAACCUUGGCACACGCAUCCCAAAUUUGGUGUCUACCGUUUCUAUAACGUGCACAGAGGACAAGAAGAAACUACGUCGAGACGUUCACAAAAGAAUUUGACAGAGUGUCAAGUGGCUAUAGCCUUAUACAACCGUCUAACCCGCGAGUUCUCGUACGACUUUGACUUCAAAGUUGGAAUCGUCUCUAUGUACAAAGCCCAAGUCGAUGAAAUGCGCCGAGCAUUCAAGAGUCAGUUUGGAGAGUCAAUCAAGGACCUCGUCGAUUUCAAUACUGUCGAUGGGUUUCAGGGACAGGAAAAGGAGAUAAUCAUCUUGUCAUGCGUCCGUGCAGGUCCCGGUGUUUCAAGGGUUGGAUUCCUUUCAGACAUUCGGCGUAUGAAUGUUGCUCUAACUCGUGCGAGAUCAUCGUUGUUCAUCCUCGGACAUGCGGCAACAUUGGAGAGGAGUGAUGAAUACUGGCGAUCGAUCGUGGCGGAUGCAAGGGAGAGGUCGUGUCUCUAUGAGGCGGAUGUCACCUAUUUCACCUCUGCAGGCACACAACCAAUCGCUCGACCUUUGAAGGUUGCCAAGGCUUCUGCACCACCAACACCUCUACCUUCACUUCCUAGUCCACUACCCCUUACUACUGAUCAUUCACAAACUAUACCGACUCAGUCACCUGUCGAUGAUGUUAUCAACGGGAUGAAGAUGAUACCAUUAGGACAAUCACAUACCACUAACCCCCAUUCAACCAGUAAUCAGGCUGGCGUAUCUGGGCAGUCGAUGCCGCCACGGAAGCGUCGGGCCUCGCGGGACGAAGACACAGCAACUACUUCAGCUCAAGCACCGUCCGAAGGUGACAGUAAAAGGCCCAAGGUAGUACGGCCACCAAAGAAACGUCAGAAGAGGGAAGAGGAUACCUUAUUUAUUAAGAGGAGACCAUAAUUCGGCAGCACUACUUGCAUUCUUUUCCGUAUGUGCAUACGAUUUGGAUUAUUUGGAUAUUGCUUUCUUGUGCUUUCCAUGUUCUCGUCUUGUUAGAUAUCACGCAAGCCAUAAGUUAUUAGCAAUGUCACAUACUGUAGAGAAUAAUGUAUAUAAUCAGAACACCACAAUGACGCUUAGUUGCUUACGAUACAGACGGUGUUGAACGAGUAAAUUAAACGAGCUAAUAUGAUCUAUUCGAUCUGGGUCAG